AUGCGGGAACUGGGUUUUCUUGCUCCUUUGAGUAACUGCAGACACUUGAAGAGGAUAAUUUUUUCAAACAACUCUUUUAUUGGAAUACUUCCAAAAUCCCUUGGCUUAGGUAAUUUGUCGGCAUCUCUUGAAAUCUUCGUUCCUAAUAAUUGUGGUCUCAAAGGCCUGAUUCCAAAUGAAAUUGGUAAUUUCAACAACUUAAUCUUGUUGGAAUUGAUAGGCAAUGACUUAAUAGGAACAGUUCCUGAUGCACUAGGGCAAUUAAUGAGAGUACAAAGCCUCUUAAUUGGAAGAAAUGAACUAAUGGGACCAAUACCUGCCAACUUUUUCAAUAUUGAAAAUUUGUACCAUCUAAAUUUGAGAGAAAAUAAGCUCUCUGAACAGCUGUCGAGUUGCUUUGGAAAGCUUACUUCAUUACGAGAAAUUUUUUUAGAUUACGACAAGCUGACUUCAGCUAUACAAUCAGAGUUAUGGACUAACAAGUACCUCAGAAUUGUUGAGUUGUCAUAUAAUAUGUUCAUUGGUUCUGUGCCUCCAGAAAUUGGAAGUAGAAACACCAUGCUAGACUUAUAUUUAUUAGGAAAUCAAUUGUCAGGUGAAAUUUCGACUACUUUUGGUGGUGAAAUUCCAAAUGGAGGGCCUUUUAAGAACUUAACCCCAGAUUCUUUCAAAAGCAAUAAAGAAUUAUGUGGAGCAUCUCAAUUCAAAGUCGUGCCAUGCAAAGGUAAUACAACAAAAUCAUCAAGCAAGACUAGAGUUCUGAAGUACAUUUUACCAUCAAGUGCAUUGGUAGCAAGUCUAGUAAUUAUUAUGGUUUGGCUGGUAAAAUGCCAUAAUAGACAAACAGGUCUUCCAGAUCAGUCUAUUUCCCCCUUUACCUUGAAGAGGAUUACCUAUAAUGAGGUACUUUAUUCUACCAAUAACUUUGAUGAAGAGAAUUUAAUUGGCAGAGGCAGUAUUGGUUCAGUAUUCAAGGAAACAUUUUUCAAUGGAAUGAUUUCUGCUCUUAAGGUUUUCAAUUUAGAUAUAGAAGGUGCAAACAAAAGCUUUGAUUCAGAGUGCCAUAUAUUGUGCAACAUUCGCCACGGGAAUCUUGUCAAGGUAAUUAGUAGUUGCUCUAACCUUGACUUUAAAGCCUUGGUUUGGAAUACAUGCCUAAAGAAAACCUUAACUAUUGGUUGUACUCUUGUGACUAUUGCCUAUAUAUGGCUCAAAAUUGGAAAUAAUGAUGGAUGUCGCAUCUGCUUUGGAAUAUCUACAUCAUUGGUGUCCGUCCCAAAUUGUCCACUGUGA